CAUUACACUUUGUAAUACUUGAAAGUAUGGCUUCUGUACCCUAUCUCCCAAUCCUCUUUCUCAACCUCUGCUUCUUCUUGCUUGCUACUUCUAAAGCUCUUUCUUCGUCAUCCAUUGCUUCUCAACAAACCAAAUUCUGGAGCCAAAAUGUAGAUAGCAAAAUGCCAAAAUCUAUCCUCUCUAAAUUAUCCCCACUUUCGGAGAGUGAGACAGAAGUGUUGGCUUCCUUAGUAUCCAAACGAUACUUCACAUCGAACCCCAAAUUCUGCACUACUGCUAAUUUAGCUUGCUCGGAUGACACGCAUGUUGUAAAAACACUUGGUUUUAUUAGCGCUGGGUGUCCUGCUUGUAUUGUUCACCAUAAAGUUUCCAAUCCUUCGUUUCACUUUAGACCUUCAGACCUCAAAAAAGGGCACAAGGUCAUUCUCCCAGAUCUCACUAGCCAACUCUCUAAUCGUGCUUUUCUUCCUUCUCAAAUUGGGAGAAAUAUCCCUCUUAGCACGAGUGAGUUACAGAGAAUAUUUCCUAUAGUGUUCUCCGAUCCGCAGACAAAGGCCCGCAUAGACACGAGCCUCCGCCAUUGUGACACGACAACAGUCAAUAGAGAGACACGUAGCUGCCUAAAGACCCUAGAGGAUAUGAUUCAAUUCUCCAGGAAAAGUUUAGGCCAAAAACAUAUGAUUGCUUUGGCAUCGGAGAAUACCAAGAGCCUGGGAAACCAAGUGGUCACCACUCAGAUUUCUAAACCUUAUAACACAGACAAGAUUGUCGUGUGCCAUGAGGAGUUCUUUCCCUUUGCCACCUAUUACUGUCAUGUGUUGCUGUCAACACAAGUCUACGCCGUUGAUAUGGUUAAUCCAAUCGCAGGAGGUAUACCUACUCCCCUUUUUGCACUUUGUCAAAUGAAUACUUCGUCUCAUGUCGCUUUUGAGCCACAUGAAACAUCCCCAGAGGGGAAAGAGCAGCUGUGUCAAUGGAUCACUGAAAUGGAUAUUGUUUGGAUUGGUUAUGAUUAGAUCGAUAAAUGAAAGGAAUAAGAUGAAAUUAAAUAAAUUAGCUACUACUAUUAGAACCAUGGGCUAAACACAAUGUUUGGUCAAGAAUUUGUCCCAUGGUGAAGUACUAUGUAAUAUAACUGCUCUGCUUAGCUUCCAGUAUAUUAGUUUGUUAUCAAAUGUUUAAGGUAUCAUACCAUCCAAUGUAAGAUUGUAUCCAUAUUGCAAGUAGUUGAUACGUUUAUUUACUAUUU